GUAUGAUGAAACAAAAUCACCUAUAAUUUUAAUAUUUUAUUGAAAUGAAAUAAUUUUAUUUAUUGAAAUUUACAAUGUCACCAAACCCUUGUAAUUUCUAAACUGUUCUAUCUCUUAUGGUGUUGGUUAUUAUAAAUAAUAUGUACUUUCUCACGCAAGCUGCGGCGGCUAACCCGUUCAUGGGUAUGGGCGAGCUCCCCGCCCCCGUCCCGACCGCGUCCCCCGCACGCCCCCCACCCCCCGCGCACCCCCCACAACCCAAAUCCGCCUUCGACGACCUCGAAGACGUCAUGCGCAUGUCCCUUGGAGGAUCCCCAGCCAAAUCCCAACCAAUCACACAACAGCCCCAGCCGAUGGCCAACCAACCGCCGUUCAGUGACGUCAUGACGAUGCCGAUGACCCAACCAACGAUGUUCGGAUCUCCCGCGCGACAACCGAUGGUGCCAAUGGCGGCUAUGGGUUCGGAAUUUAAAUUUGGAUGAAACGUUUUUUUGUUGUUCUUUUUUUUUUAAUUUUUUAGUGUUUCCAGCCAGAUGCGCUUACAGAUUUAAUUUGGCAAGGCACUGCGUUUUGCGUUAAUAAUAUAGACACGCCCCGUUUAGAUGUUGUGGUUUAUUAUUUAUGUUGUUUAUUUUGUGUAUGUGUAUAAUAAUAACAUCUUAUAUAUAUGUUGUGUAUUAUCAUUUGUAAAUAUUUAUUAUAGAAAAAAUGCACUUUCCACUAUUCAUUCUUCGUCAUGUCAAUGUUUCCUCAUUGAAUUAUAAUUCGAAUUUUAAUCAAAAUCGUUGUACCCAUUUUAUGUAAGUGACAUUCGUACACAGAUUAUAUCUAAAACUACGCCUUAUAUUUAAGAGCUAUCUCUUCUUGGCGAACUUUGCACGUAGAAUAUUGAUCUUAAAUCACAUAACUUCAACAACCCAUUAUCUUACUCAAUAAGGCCUAAUUUCGCAAGAACUUUCUUCUAAAUUACUGAGAUAAUAUUAUAAGGCAAAUAUUUUCCAUUAUUCAUAUAUGUCUUUCUACAACCGUAGCAUGACAGCGAUAGUUUUCGGGCUAUAAUAACGGCGUCGCGCGUGCCAUUUCGCGGGCUGAGUAUAUUCGUAGAAAUCUUUGUCGCUUAGAUUGAUACAUCACCUCAUCAUCGCCUCGUUCAAAAUAGCCUUUACCCCGAUAUAAAUAAGGUACAAUU